UUUCAUUCGGAGCUGUCAGGGAUAACCAGCGAAAAAUAUUGAAAUUUACCUAAUCCAUGUCGCUCCAAAAUGAAUCACCACAACCAUUUCAGCCAUAAUAACUACUAUAAUCAUCACAUCAAGACAAGGUCGGAGUAUCACUACUUUCAGCUUUCGCAGGUGUCUCAAGAAGAUGAGCGGGAGGCACUGCUCAACAGGAAGCUCCCCAAAGAACUCCUCCUCAGAAUCUUCUCAUUCCUGGACGUGGUGACGUUGUGUCGAUGUGCCCAAGUCUCUAAAUAUUGGAAUGUUCUUGCGCUCGACGGCAGUAACUGGCAGAGGAUAGAUCUGUUUGACUUCCAGACAGAUGUUGAGGGUCCAGUCGUAGAAAACAUAUCAAAGCGAUGUGGGGGAUUCCUGAAGUCACUGAGUCUCCGGGGUUGCCAGAGUAUUACUGAUGGUGCUUUAAGGAUAUUUGCGCAGCAGUGCCAAAAUAUUGAAUCGUUAAAUCUAAAUGGAUGUAAAAAGAUUACAGAUAUUACUUGUCAAAGCCUUGGUAAACACUGUAAAAAGUUAUCAAGACUCGACGUUGGUUCGUGUCCCUGUGUUACAAGUAAUUCCCUCAAAUACAUCAGUGAAGGUUGUCCCAACCUUGAAUUGAUCAAUGUGUCGUGGUGUCAAGUGACAGAUAAUGGAUUGGAGGCAUUGUCGAGAGGAUGUCCUAAGCUGAAAACAUUUAUUGGAACAGGAUGUUCUCUGGUCACAGACGAGGGUAUCUGUAGUUUAGCAAAAACUUGCUCUGAGUUGUCAUCAUUAAAUCUCCAAAGUUGUAGUGCUAUUACAGAUGAGGCUGUUCAUCAUCUGAGUGAUCACUGUCACAAUCUCUCCUCCCUGUGCGUGUCUGGUUGUCCUCAUCUCACCGAUGCCACCCUUGUUUCUCUUAGCCAUGGAUGUCUUUCUCUUAAAACUUUGGAAGUAGCCGGUUGUUCACAGUUCACUGAUAAUGGUUUCCAAGCUUUGGCCCGGAGUUGCCACCUUUUAGAACGAAUGGAUUUGGAAGAAUGUGUACUGAUGACCGAUGCGACUCUUGGGCAUCUUGCUAUGCAUUGUCCAAGAUUAUCAAAACUCAGCCUAUCUCACUGUGAAUUGAUAACCGACGAAGGCAUUCGCCACCUGGGCAGUAGCCACUGUGGAAUGGAAGAACUGACGGUACUGGAGCUGGACAACUGUCCUCUCAUCACCGACGCUUCUUUAGAGCAUUUAAUGGGCUGUGCAAGUUUGGAGAGGAUAGAACUGUAUGACUGUCAGCUGAUCACACGUGCUGGCAUUAGGAGACUACGGAAUCAUCUACCAGAGUUGAAAGUUCAUGCGUACUUCGCACCAGUCACGCCACCACCAUCAGUCGGAGGCGGACGACAAAAAUACUGCCGGUGUUGUACGAUUAUUUGACGGACAUUCUGCGUGAAUGUAACACUGAAACUUUGGAAGUGCAUGCUGGGAACAAGUGGACUUGAUCUGCUGAGCUGAAGUCUUCGUAGUGUGUGAGCCCCCAAGUUGCCGGCUGCUAGGAUCUCCGUUGACGAGUCGCAUGGCAUGUUCUGUGAAUUUAACAAAUGUGUAUUUUGUGUAAUCAGAUUGCACUUUUGGCAUAUCUGGUGGAACGUCAAUGCUCCUUUAGUGUAAAACACGGACAAUAGGAGGAGGAACAGCUUCGAUGAAUUGACGCUCCACGUGGCUUCAGACUACGCUCUCACAUAUGGUCUCUGUUAUUUUGUAGGCCUACGAGCGCAUAGUUCUUUACCGUGUGGUUAGAUGGCCCUGGAGUACCAGCGUAGAACCGUCAAGUCCGAUGGUUGAGUUGGAGAGUGUGGAUGGAGCGGUGGCAGGGCAUUGUAUGACGUCUAAAAAUUGAGUUCUCAAUCAGGGGUACCCUCAAAAGUGGGAAUUUCCAAUGUAUUCAUUUGUUUCAUACCUAUAUAAAAGUUUUUAUCCUGAACUUUUUUUUCAAACAAUCCCCUGACGAUCCUAAACACUUUUUCGCUGAACAUUUGGACUUCAUGGAUUUCUCGUCUCACAGCUCACCAGCACCACCUAAUUGCAAGCUAAAGAACUACACACUUAUAGGUCUAACGAUUAACCGCGACUCUCACAUAUCUGUGUAGUGGUGAAUAUCAUCAACAUAAUAGCUAUAACCGCCGUGGAGAAAUGGAUCUUGAUGUUUAUGGCGUGUUUAUUCCUGAUAUUCAAGCGAGGAAUGUGUUCAAGGAUCACCUUGUGGUGUGUGUUCAAUUUUAAGGAUGGUUCAAUCUUAAGAUUGUGAAAGGGUGCUGUUUAUGCAAAUUACAGAAUUCAACAACCAAGUCAUUCGAAUUGUCAUGACCUCCUGACGUUAAUUUAGUUGGGCAAUUUUAAAGGCGGUCCAGCAAGUUUCAUCGUACAUUUUUCAAGAUGAGAGUACGUUAACCCUUAACCAUGCGGCUGCCUCCCUCGCGCCGGCACCGUCAAUUCUGUCUUAUCUUGAGGCUCACGCUUCAGAAGCGGAAUUAGUUUCUCCACUUGUUCACACAGAUGGCGAGACUCGAUGCCAUCAGCAUUCUGUGGCUGAGCAUGCCCGUGGUUGUACACUAUAUGCGUACACUGGUUAGUGGCAUUGAGAAAACUCUGGUUGCAAUGAGGAGAAGAAAACUUUGCACGCGAAGGGUUAAUGACAGGCAAACCUAAAGUUGUAGUGAAAGACAAAUACAAAUGUAUUCCUUGAACCUUGCAAAUGAUUUGGGGUCCUUGAAACUCCCUCGAUUUGUCAAUGAAGGCUUUUAAUUCCCACCUUAGGUUUUACCUGGCAAACCAAAAUGAUACCUACAUGUAUACCACAAAACAAGAUAUAUGUGUGCCAGAUUCACCACUAGGGGGAGGGGUCAAACAUGGAUGUCAGCUGAAUUUUGCUAUGAAUGAGGGGGUCAGUGCUUCAACUGUCGGGAGGGUCAAGACGGUCAUAAAGUGGUACCUUGGUUCGAAAUCUGGCGAGAGAGUGGUUUACAUUUAUGCAGAGGAAGAUGUCGAGAAUUAUUGUACACAAUUCCCAAAGGUAGUACAGUGGUGCCUACCAUAGCAGACACCCUCUCUAUUAAGGACACCCUCUCUAUUAAGGACACCCUCUCUAUCAAGGACACUAUAUUUGGUCCAAAAUUGGUCAUUUCUAUUGAAAUUCACCUCAGUAGGCCACGCUUCAAUAAAGGACGACAUUUGCCACUCGAAAUCGUGUCCUUAGUAGAGAGGUUCUGCUGUAUAGGCAUAAGUGUAAAGGUACAAGUCAACUGUUUCGAUUUCAGUUUGGAGGUUAUGACAUGACGUGUGGAGAUGACUUGGAUCGUCUUCAGGGAGGAAUGUAUGAAUUCUGUAAAUUGCUUAUUAACUGUUAUGGACCAUGAUUCUGGCAUAUCUGUGAUGAAGCUUUUCAUAAGUUUUGAAUUGACGCUCUGUUGAGGGGCAGUUUUUUAUCAUGAAAAUUUUGCGCAGAUUUCGACGUUUUAACAAAAUAUUUGUGAAGUAUUAUACCAGGAUCACUCAAUAUGAGGGGUUAAUGCUUCCUGUUUUCACUGCAAUGUACUGGACGUGUCUUUUGCCAGUAGUGUGUCUGUUCGGUAUUUAUUGAUUAGUAGUGGAGCUGUGGCGACAGAAUCCAUUAUUUUUAUUCUGAGAGCUGAAGUCGCACAAAUGCAUCCUUAGGAAAUUGAUGGUUGAUGUUUGCUUCUCUGCGGCCCUGCUCACAAUCCCUACUGCCUGUCUCACUACAGUCAUGCUGACUCUCAACUUAGUUUCUUAAAUUACAAAGAUGUGGGCCUACUACCUACGAAAUAAAGAACAGGGGGGUUUAAUAAUAUUUAGCUUGGACCAUUGGGGGAGGCAUAGCCAGGUUCAUCACCUUAAAGUUGAACAAAAUUGGAAUUUAGAUGGAGAAGAAGAAAAACAUUGUCAUGGAAGACAUGUUGGAAUUUUGUGACACCAGAUUGAGGCUCAGUUCAAUCAGGUCACAGGCCUACAGGCCUACAAAGGGUGUAACAAAAAUUGAGGCCCAAAUACAAAAUGACCUGGCUACACAAGCUCCGUCUGUGUAAAAUGUUGGGGGUAACGUCACUGCACUGUGUUUUCGAGGUGUACAAACAGCAAGAAUGUGAAAGCACUUUAUUCGUGGGUGUUGAUGUUGCCAUUUUUGCCAAGUUCAGGAUCCAUGCUCGAGGUUGGUAUCUUAGAUAUGUUGCACUGUGAUCCGAUAUUAACGGGCCAUGACUAUAGACGGGUAUAGCCAGCAUGGGAUCAUCAGCUUAAUAUGAGCAGUUUGACGGAGCAGCUUGACAACUCACUGCGCUUUCCCAGAAACGGUCCCGAGCCUCGAUUUCAUCGACAGAGUGAAAGGUAUUUAUCAUUUGAGCGAAAAAGUGAUAGUGUAUUCUUCAGUCAGGCCCCUUGGUUGCUGACCCUCAAUGUAUUGACAUUGCUAAGCUUCCAGAGAACGUGCUUCAAUACCUUGACGAAAAGUACAGCAUGCAUUUGUACACAAUCUAUUUCAAACUGAAGCUGAUCGGCUCACUCAUAAACGGCAUCGCUGUAGACCCAAUGGUAACAAACUAGCCUGUUGUCACUGACCAUCAAGAUUGCUCGAUCAGCGGCCCGAUAUCUCGGCAAGGGUAGUGUUUUUGUUUCUCAUUCAAAAACCACAACAUGCUCUGUGUUGAAAUUUACGCAGUGUCUAGAGAUGAUUAAAAGGGCAAACCCUGUGAAGUUAUUUUGAAAUCCAGUUCAUAUUUAGCAGCGCAGUGGCCUUGGAAAGUGAGAUCUGUGUGAUCGAAAAACAGGUUCACCAUAUGUGCUGCUUCAUACAGAAUCAGAUCAAAUUUGGGUGAAGUGCACUGUAAAGUGAGGUGUGCGAUAUACAGAAAAAUAACACGUAUUUCUUCAGUGAUAUGGGUGCAGGCAAUACCGCUGGACGUUCCGUGUGCCUUGGUUGCCGAUGGUGGGCUUUGUUGAUAACCAGUCUGUCUGAGCUGCAUUAAAACUUAACCUUAUUCUUGUAACGUCAGACGGCAUAUUGUUGCCAAGUCAUCAGAAUGAUGUGCGUAAUAUUGCCACUUCUUUUGAUUGAAUAUACGCCCUGAUGUAAUAGCGAUAAUAUGCACGACAGGGUGAUAUCUUCUUCUUCAUCUCGUCCGCGAGACAGUCAACUUCGAUCUGAUGAUAAACGCAAAUACGUGGCAAUAUUAUUACAUCUGACGUCGGCAUAAGCAGGAUUUGGUAGAUGUGGUUCAUUGAUGAAAGUAUUUCCAAAUUGCAUAUUAUCUUUCUAGGUUGUUGCUCUACAAAUAUGACAUUGACAUCUCGAUUUAUCGGAUACCAAGAAAAUCUUUGCAGCGUGUGUUAACGCUGCUUUGCUGGCAUCAUCUUUUAAUAACUUAAAUUUUGCAUGUGUUCAUAAGAAGUGGGAUGCAUAAAUGUACAGUAGAACCUCCCUUAGCGGACACCUCUCCAUUAAGGACACUAGGUUUGGUCCCAAAUUGGGUGUUUCCAUUGAAUAUGACCUCUCUAAUCAGGACACCUCUCUGUUAAAUACAGCACUUGUCAGUCCCGAGAGUGUCCUGAGUAGAGAGGUUCUACUGUAGUUGAAGUUGUAGCUUUGCGGAUUAGAUCAAACCAAAGAAGGCCUCAAUAUCAAAAUGCCAGCAAAGUUUUCUGGAUAAAUUGUGUGUAUCCAUCUGAUGUCUUUAGAUUUAUACAGUGUGUUGUGUUGUGGCAAGAAUAAGAGAUGUUUUUACAAGUAAAUCUUGUCGGUUAUGAAAAUCUUUGAACGAUCAGGAAAUUGUGGAAUUGAUUAUCAAAAAGUCUUUGUUUAUACAUGUAGCAACAGUCCCUGUCACAAUUGACAUACCCACUGCUUUUUGUAAAUGGUACGCAACCUAUGCUCUAGUGCCACGAAAGCUGUGUUCAGCAUACACACUGGUUGAGGGCGUAUAGAUGUGUGCGUACAGUGUAUGUCACCUGUAACAUGCUGUGAUCCUGCUGUGCGAAAAGGUGCACGCAAGUCGCGCGCAGCUCAUCGCGAAGAUGUAACUAAUGCGUAGAGUUACGCGUAGGUUACGAGAAAAUUGCACAAACCUUACGUGAAUAAAGGAAUGUCAGUUGUGAUCAGGACUGUAUGGUCCGAUGCUAGAAUAGAAGCGAAAAACUUUGUAAUUCUUUCCUGUAGUGGCCACUCUGUGUAAAAAUGAAAAGGCCAGGGGCCAUUGUGCUCGCCGGUAUUUAGGUAACGACUUAAUUGACAAUGAAUGUUUCUUGAGAUAUGACCAAGGAAGACUCUGAGGUACUACUAGUAUAUGUAUCCUAAUCAUAGGGCACUUCAUAUAUCAUUGCAGUUAAGAAACAUGCCAUAGUUAGGCCGCCAAACAGCGAAUUCACGGCACUUGACCUCUAUGAUCUUGAAAAGUAGGUCAAAUCAAAAACAUGUAUAAUAUGUAAUGUAUUCUUGCUGGGAGUACCAACCAUAACAACUUUAUCGAAUACGAAUCACUAAUUAGCGAGAUACCACACUUUCUAGGUUUUCACUUUUUGCCCCCUGGUGUCCAAGUCGAGAAAGAGAUCAGACCAAAAUUCAGUGUCAGAGGUAACCUGACCUAGGGGGUAUUGUGUACAAAGUUUCAAGCCCAUAGCCCUAGCAGUUACGAAACGUGUCACAGUUACGCUCAAAUGGCCAAUUUACGCCACUUGACCUCUAUGACCUUGAAAAAUAGGUCAAAUCAAAAACCUCUAUGAUAUGUGAUGUAUCCUGGCUGGGAGUCCCUACCAUAAAAUUUCAUCAAAAACAAAUCACUAAUGAGUGAGAUAUCAAACUUUUUGUGUUUUCAGUUUUGGCCCCCUGGUUGCCAAGUCAAGAAUCAGACCAGACCAAAAUUGGCUGUCAGAGGUCAUCUGACCUAGGGGGUCAUGCAUACAAUGUUUUGAGUCCAUAGCCCUAGCGGUUAAGAAACGUGCCACUGUUUUUGAAAUAGUAUACGACGGACACUGCGCUGUUGUAUAGACUCACCGUACCGGUGAGCCAACAAGGUUAGAGAUACCGGGGUACUAUGAUAGGUACUUGGCUAUGAAAGUGUGUGAAGAGGUUUCAUAACGAAUCUUUAACCUCUUGAAUCCCAGUGACCGACCAGUCGGUCAUUUUGAAAUUACGUUUUUUCCAAACGACCGACAGGUCGGUUGCGAGUGAUAUUUUUAUUCCCUUGAGCUUGGACGCUAGCUUAUUGCUUGUUUUAGCGUGUUUGAUGUACAGAAGGGUCAGUUAGAGCAUGCCUGGGUAGAUGGCACCUCGGUACCAGACUUUGGGGGUUGUAUGCGGGCGCUAUACAUCGUGAAAGUCGGACCCUGUCACCAUGUCACCACCCGGGAUCCCGGGAUUUUCAAGUUUUGUGAUUCAAGAGGUUGAAUAAUUAUUGAAGAAAACACAAAUUAUUUCAACAACCACUUCACCUGCACAAAAUGCGUUACUUAUUUCAUUAUUUUCAAUAACUUUUCUAAAAUAAAUCUGGUCAGGUUUUAUCAAGGGUACAUGUAUGAGAUUGUGGUCGUCGCCAUAAAUGGUCAUGGUGACAAAGUGGCUUCGUUGUCUUAGAUGACUUUAUCAGCGGCGAUGAAGAAUCGAAAAGGCCUGGUUUUAAGUUCAAAACGAGUUUUCUUCUAACACACUAGGGGCUGUAGCAAAAUUAAAGUGAAGCCAAUAGAAAUGAAAAAUUUACGUUUGGAGGAGGGGGCAGGGGUCAUUAUAUUUUUUUCUCCAAAAAAGCCUCAACAAAAUAAAAUUGUUUAGGGGUAUAUAUUUAUGACUCUUCCUGAAGCGUUUUCUCGCCCUCAGAUGCCCAAAUCUGCUCCUAAAUGCCUGGUAGCUGCCUACUUUUCCUGGGUAGCCUGUUUUACCAGAUUUUCCAAAUGCCCUGUUUAACCACUUGCCCUCGAGCAGAUUAGGAUCCCACCUUGAAGUCCCAAAGUGCAAAGGUGAAAGGGGGCUAUGGAAAGUGAUGCCAAAAAUCGUAAUUUUUUAGUUUCUGAGGCCGGGCCGGAGGAGAAACGAAAACAUAUCAUUUCUAUUGGCCUCACUUUAAUUUUGCUACAGCCCCGUGAAAAGAUAACUCCAAUUCAAGUUUUAAUAAGGCUGGUGUUAUAUAGUGAUAAAACUCAUUUUGAACAACUGGAGUCAGGACUUUGUCAUACAAUGGAUGACAUGCACGUUCUGGGUGUCUGUGUGUGUUAUUCGAUCUCCUACAGUCCCAAUCACAAUUGACAUCCAUAAAUACGCGUAUAUGUAAUGUGCAAUGUACACCCAACCUGUGUAUACGGGUUGCACGGAUGCUCUGACCACAAUCUACAUUCGCUUGAGCUGGGCGCAACAUACAAGCACCUCUCGCAUAGAAGGAUCGGCAAACGUUUUUUAUACACGAAAAAUUCACACAAAGCAGAGAGUAUGUUAAUUGUGACUGGGACUGUAGCUGUUCUGGCAUUUUGAAGCUAUGAAGACGAAAAUGAUCAACAUGUGGCUGAUAUUUUGUUGUCAUAAAAGUACAUUUUUUGUACAUGUACAUGUAAUGUAAAAUAACUUAAUAUAAAAUAAUAAAUGCAUUUACUCUCAA